GUCGAGAGCGCGCAAAUGGUGAUUGUGCGCGUUCCACUCAGUCAAUUGCAUGUGUAAUCAUUUCGGCCAACACUGUGAAGAUGGCGAUGAGAGUAGCGUUCCGGUGCCUUUCUGCAAACUUUUCUACAGUACUGCUUCAGCUUUCUCGACCUGUACAGAUAUCCGCAAAUCGGCUUUUAUGGAAGGCAAACACCGCACGGACAAUGAGCACUGCCUCGCGACUGUCCACAGCCCUCAAAUUCACAGACAAGCAUGAGUGGGUACGAGUAGAGGGUGGAGUUGGCACAGUUGGAAUCAGCAAUUUUGCACAGGAAGCAUUAGGUGAUGUGGUGUAUUGUGGACUCCCUGAGGUGGGGCAAAAACUUGAACAAAUGGAGGAGUUUGGUGCUUUGGAAAGUGUGAAGGCUGCUAGUGAGUUGUACUCUCCUCUGACUGGAGAGGUAACUGAAAUCAACACAGAGCUGGCAGACAACCCUGGACUAGUGAAUAAAUCCUGCUACGAAGGGGGCUGGCUAAUUAAGAUGACUAUUGACAACCCUGCAGAACUUGAUGGCCUCAUGGACGAUGGCUCCUAUGAGAAAUUGAUCAAAUCCCUUGAUGAGUAGACUGCUCAACUCUCCAUGUUCUUUUUUUAAAAUGUUCUUUUUAAUGAUGAUUACAGGUCUUUCACACUAAUCCUAUCUGGACUGGCUGUAAAAUCUCAGCUCAAAUUAUAUUAUGUAAAGUAGCCCUAUUUAUUUAGCCUGUAAUUGUUUUAUCACCAAGAUAACCAAAAUGUUAAUUAACCAUGCUCAUCUAGGUGCUUAUUGCUGAUGAAACCACAAGACAACCUGAAGGGUUUGUUCCCAUGUCCUGUUGGCACAACGAUAAAUCCUGUUGGCACAACGAUAAAUCCUGUUGGCACAACGAUAAAUCCUGUUGGCACAAUAAUCAAGGAUUUAUUAUUUCAGGUGCUUAGUUUGGACUGAAAGAAAAUACAGAGAAGUGGCAACAGGUUGGAAAGUGAUCGGAAAUGAGAAGUCAGAUAAAUUAAAUACAGUGUACAAUCCAUUUUUUUUCAUUAUGACUUUUAUAUUCCAUCUGGUGGGAAGGAUGGAAUACAGUACUAUUCACUUCCAUGACCUUAAGUCAAUAUCUAAUAGUCAAAACUUAAUUUGGUGUCUGGCAAUGCAAGACUAGUCAAAACUGAACUUUGGCUGGCAGCCUGGCACUUCCAAAGACUCCCACACUUGUAGAUUCACAUUCUUCAGCAAGAUAACCUUCUUUAGAACAAAAUACUACAGCACAAAUGAAGCCAGAAUCAAUUAUAUUUGGCAUUUUUUCAUAUUUUAAGGUAACAUCUGGAAUAUGUGGGAUAUAUAGUAUUUUUUGUUACACUGUUUAUACACCGCCUGUAUUUAUAUACUGGAUGGUGGCAUAGCUCACUAAUGUCUACUGCUAUACAUAUUCUUAGUAUAUAUUUUUGGUGUAGCCCUAUAUAUGUGUAGAUUUCAUUUGGAUUACUGAUUUGUCCUGACAUUCAUGAUAUCUUGUUUUUGAUUAUUUGUGUACUUGUUUGACACUUUUACUGCGUUGUUAGGAGCUAGGAAGCCAAGCAUUUUGCUGCACCUGCUAUAACCUCUGCUAAACUGUACGUGACCAAUAAAAAUUUAUUUGAUAUACUGCU